CAUUGGUCGGUUAUAACAUAUAUAUGGUGUGUUAUACCGGUUUCAAGAGUAAAACGUCGUCACGUUUAAGAGCAUGUUUAUCAGAUAAAAAUAAAAGUGUUUAUUAAAAAGAAGUUAAAUUAGUGAACUUAGAGAAUGCCAGAACGUAAUAGAAAGAAUUACCCAGGAUUAUUGAUAGGGCGAAUGUUCAUAGCUAUUACAUUGAACAUCAUAUUACAAAUCUUUCUUUUGAGUUUUUUGAUUUUAAUUACAAAUACAAACACAAAUGUUAAAUUAUGGCUACAGAAUACAUGGGAAACUAUAAUUUCCUUAAAAUUGCGAAUACAUUUCUUUGUAUUUGUGUCAUUUCUACAAGGAAUUAUUUAUUGCAAUAAUUAUUUACAUCGACAGCCGUACUUAAAGAACAGAUUCUUAAAACUUCAACAUAUUUUCACCGGCCAAAACUUAUUAAGAGGAAUGCUUUGUAUCUUAAUGGGCUGUAAUUUAGUAUGGUUACACUUGUCAUUGAAGAAAGGCAAUCAUAAUUUAUUGAUUGAUAAUUGUGAUACACUGUAUGGAUCAUGCCUAAUAGAAGAACAUUAUUUUUUAUUACUUGGUGGAAUGUGGACUGGAUUCUACUUCUUCCUGACUACAAGUUUAUCUAAUCAACGAUAUUUCCAAUUUUCUAUAAUACCACUGACUAAAUUCUCUAAAUUUAGAAAAGGAAUUUAUUCCAUGCUAUCCAAAAUAACAUCCAUUUCAUUAUGGCCUGUUAUUUAUUUUAUAAUCGGAUAUUAUUUACUGGGAUCCUAUAUGCGUGACUUCGUACUGUCCAUCACAUCUGCACAAAUAGAAACAAAGCCAUUAGAUAACUUUCCAGGAUUGCUAAAUGUAUCUCUAGCAAUGUAUUUAUGGCUAUAUCAAUCUACUUUGAUAUUUACAAGUAACACUACAAUUUUGUUAUUAGAAGUAUUUCUAACAGAAUGGACACCUUUAGAAAUUCAGCCAAAUAAUGUCUUUGAUAGUCAUAUCUCAACGAUAACAUUAACCGAUGUUUUAUCCAUGGAUAAUAUACCAAUGUUACAACAUUUGGGAUACUUGGAUCUUGUUACUUUGGCUGAAAAACAAGAAACGAGAAGAAGAAUAUUAUUUACAUUGAGUCAACCUGGUGGUCAUCCUUAUAAUUGGAAUUGUAUUAUUGAAAAAUCCUUGAACUUUAUAAACAAAUUUUCUGAUGAGCUUAAUGCAAUCACUUUAAAAGCCAAAGAACAACAGUUUGCAUCAUCUGCUUCGACCCUUACAACUUCGAUGUCAUCAAAUUUGUCUGCGUUUAAAAGCGAAUACACCUAUCACAUGCGUAAAUUGGUAACAGAGACAAUACCAUCUGUGAAUGAAAGCUAUGUCUCCAAAUCCCCUGAAAUUAAAUUUUUAACAUAUAAAUAUAUCAAAAACAAAUGGGACUUGCUGAUCUCUUAUUUUCUUUCGAAACCACUUGUUUAUUACGUCUUUGGCGAACAAGAUGAUCUUAAGAUUGAAUAUGCUUUAUUUAAAGCACAAGCUGUAAUAUGGGCAGCAGAAGCUAUCUCAUCUUUGGCAAUUGUAUCUUUGAAAGAAGACUCUUAUGGUAUUGUACAAAAAGAUCUACCAGAUAUAUUUCAAGCACUAUUAACAUUAAAACUUACUUUAGACAAAUUACAUAAAUCUAAUAUAUUAAUUAAAAAACCUCAGAAUAGUGAUAAAUGUAUCAAACAGAUGUUUAAUUCUUUACGAAAUGCGAGUAAACGAAGUUUGUACAGAAUUACAACAGGAUUCGAAGAUUACAUUAAUGAUUUGAAACUUGACUCUUCAAUGAUAGAACAUUUACAACCUUUUCUUAAUUACAAAGAAUAA